GUCAGGAUGCCUCGAGUUGUAGUUGACUGUGUGACGUGACGUCAGGAUGCCUCGAGAUGUAGUUGGGUGUGUGACGUGACGUGUGGAGGUGCCCUCUAGCGGUAUGCCUGGAGAUGUAGGUGGGUGUGUGACGUGACGUGUGGCCGCGUCCCCAUCCGUCUAGCUGUCCACCAGGAGCGCGUGCACGGCGGGGGAAGCGCUCGCAGAGCGCGUGCCGUCAACAGAAGGCGCGAGGAGUACCAUCCAUAACAAACCGCUGUUCUCUCGCCCAACAACGGCCUCUUGUCCGCCCAGCAACCUAAAAGCCUUCUAAGAGAUGGAAGGACAAACCGAGGGUUUAAACUGAAAUAAUAUAGACCCUGGGAUCAAAAACUGCCGACAGUCUCCUCCUGUGGACGGCCGUUAGCAGUGUGGAAAAAAGUGUUUUUCUAAAGAAGUGAGCUGCUGUGUUAGGGCGAUGUGAGGUGUCAGAUGGAGCGAGAGAAGACCUAACGGCUUCGGGCAGACUCAUUCAGACUGGCUCAUCGUGAACACUUUGUGGUAAGAGCCUGUAUGCAUCACAACAACAGACCUCUACACUGCUGAGAAUCCUCACCUGGGCAAGGUAGAAGUAUCAGUCCUUGGAGAUCGGUGACAUAGGACGAGCUGCUUGGAGAAAUGAGACUGCAGUGUGAUGUUGGCGCCUACAAGGAAUCGUUUCAUCUAAGGGAAGAGAAAUCAGGCGAUUUUAUCGUCGUAAUUAUUUUCUCUUGAUCUGUUUUCUCAAAACACAUACCACGCUGGAAUCUUGAGCAACAACAAAGUUGAAAGCUCGCUUAAGUGGCUUUUACAUUCCAUCGACUUUGAAUCAGCAAUACCAGUAACAGCAAAAUUAUCCUGUAACUCACCAGACUUUGUUUUGAUCUCAAUAUAUCUCAAAAGAAAAACAACAAAAAAAGGGAGACAAGACGCCGUUAUGGGCUGUAUAAGCAACAUAAACACUAACACCAGCCUUGACGAUGAAAACAAAAAAAGCUUGGAGGUUACACUUUCCCAGUUCCAAGGUUUGUUUUAUAUCUUCAUCAAUUGGCACGUGAUUGGGAUUUAUCCUUGAAAAAAAAAAAAGGCGAAGCAUGCGCAAUGGUCGAUCCUGAUGACAUAACGGACAAUGUCACGCUGACCUGGCUGCUUGCCAACACCAGCUGCCGGCAGGGGGAGCGGGGAGGGGACAGUGAGAAGGAGAGGUCGCUGGUGGGGCCCGUGCUGACGGGGCUGGUCCUGUCCACCAUCGUGCUGUGCACCAUCGUCGGCAACGUCAUGGUCCUGCUCGCCGUUUUCGUCAACUCUCAUCUUCGCUCCACCACCAACUACUUCAUCGUCAACCUGGCCAUCGCCGACCUUUUGCUGGGCACCACGGUGCUGCCGUUCUCCGCGUCCCUGGAAGUGUCUAAGGUAUGGCUGUUUGGCCCAGUGCUGUGCGACAUCUGGGCCGCCAUCGACGUGCUGUGCUGCACGGCUUCUAUCUUCUCCCUCUGCGUCAUCUCCAUAGACCGGUACAUCGGCGUGACGCGGCCGUUACAACGGUCCACCAUCAUGACUGAGCGCCGCGCUGUCUACAUCAUCGUCUUCAUCUGGCUGCUGUCCAUGGCCAUCUCCAUCGCCCCCCUCAUCGGCUGGAAGGAGCCGCCCAGCCAGGAUCCCUACGAGUGCACGGUGACGACACAGACAGGAUACGUGCUCUUCUCUGCAUCCGGGUCCUUCUACAUCCCUCUGCUCAUCAUCCUUCUCGUGUACUUUCGCAUCUACCGCGAGGCCAUCAAACACUCCAGGUUCCUAUCCACCGGGGUCAAGAUGACGAAGGUGGACGAGAGCGGAGUCACGCUGAGAGUGCACAAAGGAGGAGGAGGAGGUGCCUGCGGGGGGUCGCACUGCACGGCCAACAACCAGCUCACCUCACCCUCACCCAGCCCCACGCCAAGAAAGAGCUCUUCGCGGGAAUCCCCCGGCCACCAGAGCAGUUCCUCCAGCGACAGGUCGGAGAGCUCCGUGGGCAACAAGACCUCGGGUCGCCUGACAGCUGCCGGGAAGGUCGCUCGCUUCAAGCGCGAGACGAAAGCGGCCAAAACCCUCGGCAUCGUUGUCGGGGUCUUCAUCCUGUGCUGGUUCCCUUUCUUCUUCAUCCUGCCUUUGGGCUCCCUAUGCCGACAUUGCAACAUCCCUCAGCUGCUCUUCACCAUCUUCUUCUGGCUCGGCUACUGCAACUCGCUAAUGAACCCUGUCAUCUACGCCUGCUCCAGCCGCGAGUUCCAGUUCGCCUUCCGCCGCAUCCUGCGUUGCCAGUUCCGCCGCCGACCGCGCGUCUUCCUGACGGAGCAGGCGGAGAGGUACUCGUCGUGCCACGACUUCAACCAGCUGGAGACGACUGGCGCCACCUCACGCCACGGCAAGAGCCGCCGGACCACCUCCAUGUCGGGCAAAAGCCGCAGGGACACGUUCGUGCGAACGUUCCGCAGCAACACACUGAGGUGCACGCGCACCAAGAACGGUCUCGAGCGCGACUCUGGCGCCUCCUGCCUGCGGAACUCGCUGUGUCUCGAGACGGACAUUCCGCUGACGGAGUCGCCGCAGACUUUGCGAGCUCUUCAGAGAAGCUCUGCGGAGGAGUCGCAAAGAGACUGCGGCAACAUGUCGGACACGCGGACAAGAUGUGACUAUUCCGAUUGGCUGUCUCCUAGCGGAAGCGGACUCACAGCAGACAAAAUGUCGGCUAGGUGAUAAGUUCGACAACGGGAGAUGGAAGCUGUUGAACCCAGGACUUCAGGGAGAAGAUACGUGUCGCGCGGCCUAGGGGCGUGUGCUAGACAUGAAAAGCCUGUUCGUGAACUAUCGUUGAUGAUAGAUGCAGCACAUGAUGCUGCCAGGCGCCGACAGGAUGAUCGCCCGACCAUCGUCGUCACAAAGAAAAUAUGUGGAAUAUGGUCUCCGUGUGCCAUAUGGCGGUAGUGUGACAAAAGUCACGGAGGUCACCAGUCAUCGGCCAUUGCGAUGGAACAUCCGGUUUCUUUGAAUGCCUUCUUGAUAUCUGAAAAUGCAGAACGCAGCAUGGUGAUUUAACACAACGAUGGAUUUUUAUUAAAUAGAUUUUCCGACUGAAAAAAGUUUUAUCUCCUCUUGCCCGGUGACACCGAAGAAGGAACAGAUAGAUGGUUGUUUUGUUUAGUCCGAAGUUUUUGAACUGUUUAGUGUGUCUACUCACACAAGCCCUUGGCUUGGCUAUUUUGUGGCUCUUCUUGAAUGUCAAUGUUUGGAAGCCGAGUGAGCAAAUAACAGGAAGGUUACAGAAUGUUACAGAAGGUUGUUUGCAGUAUCAAGUUGUUGUGAAGAUAAUUUGAGUAUCAUAUCAGAAUAACUGAUAAUUAUCAAUAGAGUGGAGCGCAAUAAAAAGAGAGAGAGAUUGCAGUUUAAGACUGGGAUAAUUGUAUAAUUUAAAUUGUGGCAAGAAUUCUUUCAAAUUCUUCCUAGAUGGUGCUUGGUAUUAAACUAUAUCUUUUUGUUAAAAUGUGGCAAGACAAGAAAUGGAAUGGUUUCGCUCUCUCUCUCUCACCCAGUCUGUGACAAGGUCUUGUUAGAUGUAAUUCAGCGGUUACAGUAUUAA